AUGUCCGAUAGACCACAGCUAUCCAACCCAGACGAAAUCACACCACAGAGUCAACAAAACGGUCAGUCAAGUCAAGACAUGUCCAAGGAAAAGGUGCUUCUGGCGCCAGAGGAGGGUGGAAAUUCAAAGAAGGGUAGGGGCUUCCUGCAUGUACCGUCUCGGUCUUUCUCGCAGCGCAAUCAAUCCUCUCCCACGUCAACAGGGCUGAGCGGAGCAACAGUCAGCGAUUCAAGAAACAGCAUCGGUGGACGUUCGAAAGAGUCCAAGGGUAGUUUUCUAGGACGGCAUCGAAAUGGCAGCGUCGGCAGCCACCGAUCCGGCAUCGAAACCGAACCGACCAACACACCCGGCAAUACGCAACCGAAUUCUCCCGUGAACCCCCCUCAGAAGAAGAAGAAGGGCGGACUCUUUGCCCUGCUGGGGUGCUGCGGUGUCCCCGACAACGCGAACGCGAUUGAGAACGGCGACGACGCCGUCCACAAGCUUGACAAGCUGCCCGCGAGGCCGACGACCGCUAAGUCCAGACAGCCCACCCCACAGGACCAGCAACCCGCACCGAACAAGCCGCAAAUCCAGGAGAAGCAACCGCAGCCCGAACAGCCAAUGACCGCAACCGAGGCUAAAGGCAAGCGUGUCUCUGGCGCAACUACUGCCGACGAUUCCACUGUUGGCGGCGAAGCUGGCGAUUUUAAGCAGAUCGCCCUGAGCAACGCCGGAGCUAGCAGUGCUGCGCCAGCGAUUACGGUAGAGUCGACCACCGGCGAGAAGACUCAGGACACGCCAGUGCUGGAAGCAGACAAGAAGGAUGCCGAGGGAGACGAGGCGAUGCCCGAUGCGACCCCCGAUCCCGAAUACAAGCACCAAAUACCGCCUCCGGUAGAAGACGCGCCGACCAGCCAGCAGCUGCCGCCUCCCCCACCCAUACCGGCACCGGGAGCCAAUGCCAUAAUCCCCAUCGAGUCUGCAGAGGCUGUUCCCGAGCAGAAGUUCCUGCUUCCCCCGAUCGCGCCCGAGUUCAAGGGCAAGAAAUGCCUUGUGCUUGAUCUAGACGAGACGCUGGUCCACAGCUCAUUCAAGAUUCUCCACCAAGCCGACUUCACUAUUCCCGUAGAAAUCGAGGGCAAUUAUCAUAAUGUAUAUGUUAUCAAGAGACCAGGGGUAGAUCAAUUCAUGAAGCGCGUUGGCGAGCUUUAUGAAGUGGUGGUCUUCACCGCGUCUGUCUCAAAGUAUGGCGACCCGCUGUUAGACCAACUCGAUAUUCACAAGGUCGUCCACCACAGACUCUUCCGCGAGAGCUGCUACAAUCACCAAGGAAACUACGUCAAGGAUCUUUCCCAGGUGGGAAGAGACUUGAAGGACACCAUCAUCAUUGACAACUCUCCCACAUCGUACAUCUUCCAUCCCCAGCACGCCGUCCCCAUCAGCAGUUGGUUUUCAGACGCGCACGAUAAUGAGCUGCUGGACUUGAUUCCCGUUCUAGAAGACCUCGCAAAGUCGGAUGUCCAGGACGUCAGCCUGGUUCUCGACGUUACACUUUGA